GCAACGCUGACAUUCCGACUCCACUCAAACUGUUUAGAUCACGCUUUUCCUACAAGGACUCAGGAUCGCAUUUGGCUCCUUCCUCCUACUUUAUCGUCCCUACAACCCUGUGAGGUUGGGAAGGCUGGGAGGCACUGGCUGGCCCAAGAUCACUCGAUUCAAAAGCGGGGAGACUAAAAUUACCAAGAAAAAAUGAAGGCAGAUGACGAGCGACUCCUGAUCCAGUUCAAAGAUGAAGCUGGCCAGCUCCUGGGGGCCCCCUUCGAUGUCCCCGUUGACAUCACGCCGGAGAAGCUGCAGCUGGUUUGCAAUGCGCUCCUGGAGAAGGAGGAGCCGGUCCCCCUGGCCUUCUUUGUCCAGGACACUGAAAUCGUGGCCUCCCUGGAGAAGACGCUGGCCGGGCAGGCGCUGGAGACCGAGCGGGUGGUGGAGAUCACCUACCAGCCGCAGGCCAUCUUCAAGGUGCGGGCCGUGACCCGCUGUACCAGCUCCCUGAAGGGACACAGCGAGGCCGUCAUCUCGGUGGCCUUCAGCCCCACGGGCAAGUAUCUAGCCAGUGGCUCUGGUGACACAACAGUGCGCUUCUGGGACCUCAGCACCGAGACCCCGCAUUUCACGGCAAAGGGUCACCGUCAUUGGGUGCUCAGCAUUGCUUGGUCCCCUGAUGGCCGGAAGCUCGCGUCUGGCUGCAAGAACGGCCAGAUAUUCCUCUGGGAUCCAAGCACGGGGAAUCAGCUGGGCCGGGUGCUUGUGGGACACUCCAAAUGGAUCACUUCCCUGUGCUGGGAGCCUCUGCAUUCGAACCCGGAGUGCCGCCACCUGGCCAGCUCCUCCAAGGACGGUAGCGUCCGCAUCUGGGACACGGCCGCCGGCCGCUGCGACAAGAUCUUGACGAGCCACACGCAGUCCGUGACCUGCGUCAAGUGGGGGGGAGAGGGCCUGCUGUACUCCUCUUCCCAGGACCGGACGAUCAAAGUUUGGCGGGCCCAAGACGGCGUCCUCUGCCGCACGCUCCAGGGCCACGCGCACUGGGUGAACACCAUGGCGCUCAGCACAGACUAUGUUCUCCGCACGGGGGCCUUCGAGCCGGCCGAAGCCUCCAUCAACCCCCAGGACGUGAGCGGAUCCUUGGCCGAGAUCAAAGAGAAGGCACUGCAACGAUACAAUCAGGUCCGGGGCCAUGCGCCGGAAAGACUCGUCUCUGGGUCGGAUGACUUCACACUGUUUCUCUGGGAGCCUGCAGAUGAUAAAAAGGCUCUGGGGAGGAUGACGGGGCACCAGGCGCUGAUCAAUCAAGUCGUCUUUUCGCCGGAUACCCGCAUCAUUGCCAGCGCUUCCUUCGACAAAUCUAUUAAGCUCUGGGACGGAAAGACGGGGAAGUUCCUCGCAUCCCUGCGAGGACACGUCUCUGCCGUGUACCAGAUUGCAUGGUCAGCGGACAGCCGCUUGCUGGUCAGUGGGAGCAGCGACAGCACCCUCAAGGUGUGGGAUGCCAAGACCCGGAAACUGGCCAUCGAUUUGCCGGGCCACGCGGACGAGGUAUUUGCCGUGGACUGGAGCCCCGACGGUCAGCGAGUAGCGAGUGGAGGGAAAGAUAAAUGUCUGAGGAUAUGGAGACGAUAGCGGCGAGGAUGGACUGGUGGCAAAGUCGGAUUCUUCCAUGAUCCUCAUGUGGCAGAGCAAAGCGUUCGUUCCCACCACUAAAAGAGGAUUAUUUGAAUUAGGCCUGUAUGUUUUGAUACACCUGGAUAAAGGAUUUGGCAGGGGGCUGAUGCCUCUUUCAAUAUCUAGCUUGUCUCAGAUCUGCAUUCCUCCGACCAUCUCUUGGUUGACAAGAAACUGGUGCCGGGAAAUGAAGUUGGGAAGCCGCUGGCUCGAAUCUUGCCUCAGUCCUGACGUGAGCUGCCCGCCUGCCGCAUCGGUUCUGGUACGACGAACAGGGAUCGUCCUAUCGCUCCUAAUGCGAUAGCAGCUCAGGUGAGAUGUGCCGAAAGCGAACGGAAGCAGAAGACGAAGUCUCGACGUGGAGACCUCUGUGGUUCGGAGCAGACUUGGGAUUAGAUGACGUCGGAAAUGACUUCCUUCGCCAACUGAAGGAGCUGGGCCCCCGGAAAUGGUUUCUGCCGCACUGUUCCAACCAGGAUUAAUCCUCCUGCUCCGUGUUGCUCACAGGCGUUUUGAGAACACGGCGGCCAAUUUUCUGGACGGGGAUGUGGAAAGGGUGCGUCCGCUUGGGAGGGCCCCUCUCCGCCCAGAUCCUGUCCUGUGUCUGCUCCAAGGGGAAAGAGAGCCUUUCCUGUCUAAUACAUGUAUUCUGCUUCCCAUGGACUGUGACUGACCCCCGUUCAGCAUGCAAGUAAGCGUUGCCACCCUUGAAUCGGCCGCUCAGGCAAGCGUCCCGAACUCCGAAACCAUCGUGCGGGGUUUGCAGCUGCCGCAAGUCCACUUCUGUCGAAAUCCGGCAGUGCAGAGUGCAGGCAGGGUAUCCCACUGCUACCGGAUUCUCUCCGUACUCCACGGAUCCUCCAGCCCCUUGAGCUUUUUUCCUGCUUCCUCGUGCAAAAGUUCCGGCAACCAGGACUGCAGCUUGAGGUCACGGGUCGAAGGUGGUUCUCGCAGCUCGGAAAAGACUAAAAAUGAUUGGCUUUUAUUUUCUUUGCCCUCUGAAAUGCAUUUAUCUGCUUAGACAGAUGCACCUGCUGAUUAAAAAAAGCUAAGUAUG